UAUAAUUUCUUGCGACCUGUGUAAUCCUUGUUUCCCUGCUGUUUUCCAUCCUCCUGUCUCACUGUCUGCCACAAGUACCUUGUGAUUCCUUCCUUGUAUUCUUCUUUAUCUGUCCCUUUGUUCCUGUUGUUGCUUAAUAUUUCCGAAGUCUAUACAAUCAAUACAUCGACUACAGUACUUGUCUUUUCUUGAGCAAACAUCAUAAACAAAAUAUCUGCCAGUCGACGUACUCGACAGCUCUUUAAACAGCUUGACACUAAGUGGACUAAAUAUGCCGUGCGCUGCGACUUUUCCUUUAAAAGAAAGAUUAGUCCCGGAUUAUCAGACACACGUCAAAUCUAAAUGAUAACAUUCAUAAGCAGAAUUUGUUCACGUAAUAUUCCUGUCUGUGAGGAAAACAAAACGGUGGUCGUUUGAGAAGGUUCUUCUGCACUCUUAAUACACAAACAUAAAACUGUGAUGGUGAUGAAUUCAGAGAAUAUUGGGAACAUUUUGUAAAAAGUAUUCUUGUGUGUGUGUGAACGUUUGGAUUUCUUAGACAUCAUGUACAGAUCAAAAUGGCAUCAGCGGAUGGGAAAUAUCUACCAAGGAGGGAUCUCCGGCAAGCUCAACGGACCUAUGAGUUUCCCCAACGAGGGACCUCGCUAUCUCUCCACCCGCAUGAACGGCCGCGGGUACUGGAACAGUGGCGAAGACAGAAUCGUCAGAGACUUUGAGCGAAAUUACACGGAUGAACAAGCACCCUCGUCUUUUGGAAGAAGGCUCAGAGGAGGAGGAGGAGGAGGAGUAGGAGGAGGAGGAGGAGGAGGAGGAGGCAGGGGAGGGGGAGGUGGAGGGACAGAAUGGGAUGGCAGAGACAGAGGAGAAAACAACUGGGGGUCUUGGAGAAGUGGUUUGUUCGGUCAGCAAGCCGUGCAGGAUGGUUAUGUAAACUCGGCCUUCCAGCCACACCCAGAGACUUUGGACGAACUUCCAGAGGCAGAUUACGGCUCUGACAGUGACUUCUCAGAAGAUUACCCAGUGUCCAGCAGUCAUCCUACACCAGAGGCCACCCUACAUCCAACCAACAAGAGCAAAAAACCCGAAUCUCAAUCAAAGACAGCAAAAGAAAGAACAGAAAUACCCGGAUCUUCAGAUCAACAAUCAAAUCCCAAGAAGCAGACAACAAAAGUCUGGGAUGUUUUCGUGACGAAAGCAGGAGGCCUCUUCCAGUCGCACUCCGAUGGACAUUCUGCUGAGUCUGCCGCCGUCUUUCUAAAAAUAUUAAUCUCUAUCUUCUUCUUCGUGUUCGUGCUGUGCUCAGCCGUGGCCUCAAAGACAAGUCUGCUGCUCACAACAUACUAUCUCAGACCUAGAGUCAACGGCUGGCAGAAUCAUGCAUACAGAGCAGACCUGUUUUACACCAGGCAGCCUGGACUCAGGCUCAUCAAAGCCACGCCUGACAUCGAUGUGAAAUGGAUUUGGGCCGCCAUCUUGAUUGUUGUGGCUCCGUAUUUGUUCACGUUCUGCUCUUCUUUGUGGAAGGUUAUCUUCAAGACUACAGGGAAACUCUCGUGUGGAGCGCUGUUUGUGUCAUUCCUCCAGCACUCCGCUCACUCGUUCAGCCUGUGCUCCAUCGUUUUCUACAUCCUGCCUCGUCACGACCCGAUACUCAGCAGCGUUUUGAUGACGUCAGUCGUCUCUAUUCCGUCCCUGCUCAGGAUCUUUGCGCCCAGAAAUCUAGGCAAUGAUGAGAUAAUCGACGACAACUCAACCAACAAAGGGCAAUGGAAAGUGAUAGCAAAAAGAAUCUUUGAUGUUCUUGCCUCACUGGUUCAGCUGGCAGUAGUCGCACUCUGGGCGUACAAGGAGUACUCUUUAACACACGAUGUUACCAUGGUUACACUGGUAGUGGUCUCCUUGUUGAUAGUUUCCAUUGACAACUGGGAGAAUUACGUCACGUCCACUCGGAAUCUGAAUCCGCAAACACAGAAAACAUUUCUGUCUCGGCUCCGCAAAAAACUUCGGAAGCGUCGCACACGGGUGACUCUACUCAUGAGUUUGUGGAAGAUCAUCUUUACUGUCGUGUAUGCCGCAGUCUUCUUCGCUGGUCGUAGUGAGGGUUGUUUGAGGGUGUUCUUCUUCCUGGACGACCGUGCUUCCGGAUGCAGUCUGCUCCACCAAGAGUCCCAUCUCGCGGACAAUAAACCAACGCUUGACGCCGCGGGAUGUAGUUCUGCUCUCCCCUUCUUUGUGGCCGCGCUGAACAUCGUCUGUAGUGUUAUAUGCUACAAGGUGGGCAAGUCCGCGUGCAAAGUGUUACUUCAAUCUCCUUGCUUCGCUCUGCCCCUCAGCCUGGUCACCCCAGUGACCUUCGGCCUUUUGUGCCUCUCAUACACCAGGUCCGGGGACAUAGAGGCUUUCUUUGGCUGUGCCGCCUCUUGGGCCUACAACGUUCAUAACGUCUCCUUGGCAACGCAUCUAGACAACUUGUUCGAGUACCAUUGGGUGGCAUUGGGCGUGGCUUCCUACUUCACAUUCCUCUACGUCACUGGUCACGUGUGGAGGUCACGGGCAGAGAGAAUGGCACGAACGGAAAAACUGUUUGUGAACCCCUUGUACUGCGGUAUUCUCGUGGAGCAGUCCAUCAUGGGUAACAGAAGACGGGAUGAUUACGAACCACGUGAUCAGAAGUCCACCGCGACCUGGGAACAAGAGCAAGGCGAUGACGUAGGUGACCUUGACCUAGCCACGGCUCGAACCAAACUCCGCCGUGACACCACGCCGGUCAUCUACAUCUGUGCCACCAUGUGGCAUGAGACAGAGAACGAGAUGGUGCAGAUGCUGAAAUCUAUCUUUAGACUGGACAGUGAUCAGAGUGCUAGGCGGAACGCUCAACUGUUUUUCAACAUCAGAGAUCCUGACUACUAUGAAUUUGAGGCUCACAUUUUCUUCGACGAUGCCUUUGAGGCUCACUCUGAUGGCAGCGAGAACGACUUCAGCGUGAAUAGCUACGUCAAGUUGCUCGUCAGCGUGAUCGACACAGCGGCCAGCGCCGUCCACGACACGAUAGUGCGCAUCCCUCCGCCCACCCGGAUCUCCACGCCGUACGGCGGCAGGCUUCAGUGGCGCCUUCCUGGAGGGAACACCAUAGUGGCACACCUCAAGGACAAGGCUUUCAUACGUCACAGAAAGAGGUGGAGUCAGGUGAUGUACAUGUACUACUUCCUGGGGUACCAGCUCAUGUCAGAAAAGAUCAAACUGGCAGCCAAACGGGUCAGAGCUGACCACACAUUUAUACUGGCACUGGAUGGUGACGUAGAUUUCCAACCCGAAGCAGUCAAGAUUCUGGUGGACAGAAUGAGAAAAAACCCGGGGCUGGGAGCGGCUUGUGGAAGGAUACAUCCCAUUGGAUCUGAGGCUCCGCCCUGAUGGACGACAAUGUCAUGAAGACAUACACAACUCCGCCCACCGAGCCCCGCCACUAUGUGCAGUACGACCAAGGCGAGGACCGCUGGCUAUGUACACUACUGCUACAACAAGGCUACCGGGUGGAGUAUUGCGCCGCCUCUGACUCGUUCACAUACGCCCCUGAAGGCUUUCAGGAGUUCUUCAAUCAACGUCGCCGCUGGACACCCUCAACCAUAGCCAAUAUCCUUGACCUGUUACAGGAUUGGAGAUCGACCACAAAAAACAACCAAGACAUCACAAUACUAUACAUCUUUUACCAGCUCUUCCUGUUUGUGUCAAGUAUCAUCACCCCUGGAACAAUCUUCCUUCUGAUUCUGAGCGCCAUCUCCUCUGCAUAUCCCGACAUCCCUCUGUACUCCUCGCUGCUGAUCAACUUGCUACCUGUGGCAUUGUUUGUUGUCUUAUGCUUCAAGACCUCCUCGGAAACUCAACUCGCCUACGCCGGCGUGGUAUCCAUAGUGUACACGAUGUUGAUGAUGCUGGUGCUGGUGGGCCUGAUCCGACAGGCAGCCAUGUACGGCUUCUGCUCUGUCUCCACCAUCUUCCUCGUCGUCGUCAUCUCCAUCUUCGUCACCACGGCUCUUCUACACCCCAUGGAACUCACCUGCCUCUUCCACGGGUUCCUGUACUUUCUCUGUAUCCCCUCUAUGUCCAUGAUGCUGAUGAUCUACUCCCUGGCCAACCUGCAUGUUGUCUCCUGGGGGACCAGAGAGGCCAAACCGGCAGCGGGAGCUGCUCAGGCACAGGCUCAGAGCACAGAGGCAAAAAAGCACAGUGGAGUCUUAGGAGAGUUACUUUCCAAGCUGACUGACAGCACCAACACUACUUCCGACUACACGUUUUCUUUUGGCAACCUGUUCCGGUGUCUGUGUUGUCCACGAGAGGACGUCAAAACCGAAGAUUUGAGGUUCAAGGCCAUUCUAGAACGACUUGACCAUCUGGAUACACGAAUGUCGACCUGGGAACCUGGACAAAAACAGGAAGAGGGAAAUCCCAGAAAAUCAGACGAAUCGCAGACUUCGACAGAAAUUGUGGAAGUGACCAAAGAGACCACAGCUUUGAGUGCAAGUACACAGAAAAAACCUGAACAAAAGAAUCCCAUGUCGUGGAUCGAGGACACAGCUUUGGGAAAAGGAGCUUUAGAGCGUAUUGACGAGGAAGAGACGGAUUUCUGGCACCAGCUCAUUAAGCAGUACUUGUACCCAAUGGAGAAGGACGAAAACCACCAGCGACAGGUCUCUGAAGGGCUUCUGGAAUUAAGGAACAAAGUCUGCCUGGCUUUUCUGGCUACGAAUUCCCUGUUCGUCAUUCUGGUGUAUACACUCCAGUCCAUAUCAGCGUCCACCACUAACCUUUCUAUCAGGAUUCCGUGUGACGUAGAAGCCUUCGAAGGUGAGAAAAUUGAGCCAGUCAGCGUGACGUUUACUCUCGUCUUCGGCAUCUUGUUGGGGAUGCAGUUCUUGGCAAUGCUGUUCCACCGAUACUCCACCCUCCUGCACAUUGUGGCUAUUACAGAGAUAAAGGUGAAGAAGUUCGCCAAAUUCAUGAGGUUUCGCCAAGAGGAAGACGCAGGCUCGCCCACUGUGGAGGAGACGAUCAACCUUGUGCGACAGAUGCAGAAGCUCCAGUCAACUGAUGAAACGUCUUCUUUGGCCCCAGUGAUCCCAGAAGAAGACUAUGACCUCGGGAGUGAUGAUGAUGAAACGGGGAACGAGCUGGAUGACAGUUUCCAAAAGGCGGGUAGACGGAGAAGAUCAAGCCAGGUUUUGUGGGGCCGACUCGACGCCAGAGCCCGUGCCCCUAAGACUCCCCAGACUCUGUCCAGGAACUUCAUGAGGCGCUAUCGAACUCUGGCCCACCAGAUGCGAAAUGAGAGUGUCUCAGAGGCAUCUCCUGAUCAGGUGCAGGCUGAAAUGAAACAGAAAUUCAAGGGCCUCAAGAAAAAGAAUCUCUCCACCAUUGUCAAAAUGUCACGCAACAACCAGGCCAAAGACCACAUCAUUAAAAGAUCAGAAGAGGUGAGGGCCAAGUGGAAGAAAGGCCUUCAGAAGAUCACAGGUACGACGUUCUUGAACAUUGUUCUGGAAGCCACGAAAAAGAAGAAAGCCCAGGAGCUCGCGUCUGCUAUAGAGGAAACCGCCGGAUCUCACCGGAGCGUCAGUGGCUCUGUCAGAAACUCUUACGCUGGCGGCAACAGGGGAGCCAGCGUGGGAGGAAGUAUGAAGAGCUCGACAAGUUAUAACAACAAAAACAACAAGAGCAACGGUGGUAGUGCCAGCAGUCGGAGGAACAUGGACACCAAUGACACAAAUAACGGAGCAGAUAAAGAACUGUCUUUCAUAGAACGACUCAGAAAUCUCUAUCAAGACGACCCAAACAGAGCUAGAGAUAAGGCGACGAAUUCAGUGCGAUUCGUCAGCGAGGAUCCUAAUGAUAUGGAGUCCGGCAGGUUAGAUCGAGGAGAAAAUUUACCAUUUGAAAGCUCUCAGUACCUUGGGCAUGACGCCAAUGACGUAGGAGAUACGUCAGCAGAGAGUCCAGUCUUCUCCUUCAACCCGCCGUCCGUCAUUGUGACCAAACACGAUCAAUAUUAACCUGGCCAGUUAAAGGUACGCUUUUGUCGAGGUGCAUCUUUCACAUGACCUUUCGAAGUCAAAAGUCGUUUCCUGAUUUCAUUCGGCAUCCAGAUGUUUAAUCAGCUAUCGAUUUCCAAAGAGAAAAAUACAGCAGUCUCGGCUUUCUGCUUUGGCAAAGUCGUAUUAUACAAUUAUAUUUAUAUAUUCUUGACAGUUUGCUUUCAAAAUGUUCCCAACCUUGUUGCCCUUCAUAGGCUACUCCAAAAACUCAAGAAAGUCAUGGAAUAAGAUUAGACUGAACAUGCACAAAACUUGACAAGAACAGUCAGAAAAUAUCAUUAAUAGAAAAUUUACAGAAAUUUGGGUAAGGUAAUUUUUAGUGUAUUUUAGUCUCCCGGUUUGCACAAUUUUGUAUAUAAAUGUUUUACUGUGAUAUCGAUUGGUACUUAACCCUUGUAAGUAAUGACUCAUAUUUGUCUUCUUUUAACUAUGUGUACAUACCAUUUUGAGAUCCAUUUGCGCCUUUAUAUGUUUGUGUGUCUCUGUAUUGCUUGUCUAGUGUGAACAAAUUUGAAUCAGAAAAAGCUUUUGCAAAGUUUUAGGGAUGAGAUGCUUUUUAGAUUGUCAUCUCUCAUGAAACAUUCUAAAAAUUAACGUUCCUUAAAGCAGAAAGGUAUUUUGUUCCACUGUGUACCUUAAUCUGGGUGUUGAGAGGGUAUCAGGGAAAAUAAAGGAUACGGGGAUGAGGGUCCUUUACAUUUGAGAUAGGCAGUGUACAUUAAACUGUAGAACAUAGUGAAAGUAAUUACAUGUACAUACCAUUAUUACAAGACAACUCUUUAAGUAUUGUGGUGAAAGCAUCGCUGGGUCGAUGGUACAAGGUCACGAGUGAGAUGUUACUGAACACAACGGUGGAUUACGAAAUGCACUCACACAAUGAAUCAGUGUAACAGCGCAUUAUUCUCAGUAAUUUUGGCGUAAAGGAUAGACUUACAUGUAUAUUUGUGUUGCAUCGCGGUAAAAUCAGGCGAUUGUCAAAACAAUAAAAUCGAAGAAACUGACUUUUU